ACUAAUUCCGGAGAUCUGAAAAUAACAAACGGGUAUAUCCUCUGGUGACCCUGAGGUUUAGAAUGUUUAGCCUAAGUGAGAUUUGAAGAUCCGACUUGAUGGAGGACACACUUAUUACUUUCUUAUUCCUUCGGAUUUGGUUGUGGAAAAACUUCAUCACGUUAAAUGCUACUAGCAUAUAGUUUAAGCAGACCCCUUACCCCUUAUUUUGAUAACCAGGUGUCCGGGCGCACCUCAACCAAUCUUUGGGGAUCGAAAACUCAUUGUCCACCAGCGGUGACCCCACUAAAGCUAGAGCAAAUGCUCGGUAUGGACCGGCCCCAAACGAGUUUGAUAGCACAUGAGAAGUUUCGAACCUAAGACCUUAGGAGAAAAUAAAUUCUUAAGUCUCAGACCUUGAUUGGUAUGGAGUGGCCCAAUGACUGGUAUGGAGUGGCCCAAAAUGAGUUGAUAUGACUGAGAGGUUUCGAACCUAAGACCUAAGGAGAUAGCAAACCCCUAAGUCUCAGGCCUUAACCACUAGGCCGAUCAAGCAUAGCAUAGAAACAUGAUAUUCAUCUCUCCACAUAUUGGUCAUAUUUUGGGGGAUUAAUGACUUUGCAGGACUGUUAAUUAUAUUCACAUUAGUAGCACAAAAUGCAGUUACAUUUAUAUUCAGUUCUUCAAUAUGUUACAUACCAUUAAGAGCUGUUACAUAAAAUAGAAAUUCCAUCAACAGUAUUUGAAGCCAGAAACCGCUGCUCCUAUCUGCACUCUUCUCCCUUGUCUCUUCAACCAUUUCUCCGUCUGGAUGGCUUCAUCACAUAGAAGUCCAUACAAAUUCAAGCAGCGCAAAAACAAGUCAAGCUUCACCAGCACUGCAGCCAAGGCAGCAGUCUCCUCUUUUAGCACAGAAAAGAGUUCAAACUCUACCCCUCCAACUAAUGCAAAAACUUCUGCUCCCACAGUUAAAUUCUCGGAAAACAGUGGGAGACUUCAGCGAUUUAAUGUCAAAGAGAAAUCCCCCGUAGGAGUUCUGAUCAAGCGAGUAGUAGACCUACUGCGAGAGACAAGGCAAGCUCUAAAAACAAAUCAAAUUCUCGAAGCAUGCAAUGUAGACAUGAUAGAAAACAAGAAUGUUUUUGAAAACUUGAGAAACAAUCCAAAAGUGGUUUACGACGGGAGAUGCUUUCGUUACAAGUCCAAGCAUGGUUUGGAGGACAAGGAUCAAGUACUCAAAUUCAUAAGGACAUUUCCAAAUGGCAUUGAUGUGGAUGAAGUCAAGGAUGCAUACCCAACUGUAAUGGAGGAUAUACAGGCUAUGAAGGCUGCCGGCGAAAUCUGGCUACUAUCAGACAAAAAGAAGGAAACAAUAGCGUACCCAAACGACCUGCGAGUGACCAUCAAUGUGGACGAUGAUCUGAAACAGCUGUUUCGGGAAAUUGAAUUGCCCCACGAUAUGCUAGAUAUCGAGGAGGAUCUCGUGAAGAACGGAAUGAAGCCGGCUACGGACACUGUAAAGAGGAGGAUGGCCCUGGCUCUGAUUGCCAAUUCUGAGCCCAAGAAGAAGGUUAUUGAUUUCAGCAAGAAAAAACUGACUAAUUCCCACCUUCCUGAACUCUUCAAGCUUCCCAGUACUAGCAAGAGCAGAUAGUGUGCUAGGUUGUGAGCAGAAAAACCUAGGUGCAUAGCAGCAAAAAACCUACGUAUUAUGUCAAGAUACUCCAUUGUGACCCAAAUCCUGGUUCAUGGCAUCGUAUUCGGUGCACUUCUCUGCAAUCUGAUUCCGGAUCAUUGGUUUGUGUGGGUCAUCUGAUUAUGUGCCUAUAUACUUCUUGGCUUGGUAUAAUUGUUUGGGUGUGUCAAGUCUGAUUCAGUUUGGUUUGUGCUUGGCCAACACUUGGGGUUAAACCAAGACAGAGUUAUAUUUGGUUCGUGCUUCGCUAACUACUUGGGGUUCAACCAAGACAGAGUUGCGGUAAUUGGCAGCAGCCGAUGACUAUGUU